AGGCGAGUCGCGGAAGACAAUCCGUGAACGGUGUUGCUGUGACUCAGUUCACCAGUCGACUGCCGCUGAAGUCGCGAGAGCACGCGCGCUCACUGUACCAGGAUGUCACCGGCAGCGUCGUUCGCAAAGCGAUGGGCCAGCGACAACCUUACCCGAGCGCCUACAACAGACGAGCUCGUUAUACUGGAUCUGUUCCCCAUUACUUGCGAGGGAGACGAGGAAGAGGCCACCAAGAGGGCGCGGAGGUACUACAAGGCGAGAGGUCCGGGAGGACUGACGGAACUCUGGCAUAAAAGAUAUCCUGAUGAUGAGGAUAUACUGUCAAGUUGUCAAGACGCAUACAUAGUUCCGUUACGAAUGCGCAGCGUGGCCGGUCGGAGGAUGACUAUAGUGAGACUACCGGCACCCACCGCACUGGACAGGCCGCUGUCGGCGCGGGCGUUACUCGCCAGGUGGCUGAUGAUCUUAGACAUAAGACUUCGCGAGGACCCGAGCCCUGGAGAAGAGGUAGUAUUCAUAGACGUAUGCGACUUGCAACCCUCUCACCUCAAAAACCACUUCCGAGGCAGCUACUGGAAGGAUUUUGUCUGGCUAAUGAAGACAGCAUAUCCACUGCGGUUCUCCGAAGUGCACAUAAUAAAUACUCAUCGUCUGAAAACAAUGUCUCUCUUACUUCUUCACGUGGGUCUGUAUCCGUGGCGGCGUAAGGUGGUCCAAGUUCACUCUAAUGCGGAUCAGAUCAACCACAUCAUGGGUGUUGAUUACUUUCCGCCAGAUGGCUUACCGCAUGAAUACGGAGGGAAAGCUGGUGCGAUGAAGGAUCUGAAUGAUGAAUGGACAAAGAAACUACUAUCUAAUUCCAACUGGCUACAAUCAGAAGAACGUAAAUACUAUAACACAGAACUCACACCAGAAAUCCGAACGCGUACAAGACAUCGCAGCGCUGUACGGGCGAUGCGAGGAACUAUAGGUUCCUAUGACAUGAUCACUAGAACACAUUCAUGUAAAUCUUUACACAGGCAUGAUGAUGUUGAAGAAGGAGCUCAUGGUGCUUAUAGAACUUUGAAAUUAAAAUCUGAUAAGAAUUUGUAUGUGUAGAUUACUUCUGUAUAGAUAGAUAGAUAGAUAGAUAAGCCUUUAUUCACUGACCAGGACAUUUUUUUUUUACUUAAAUUAUUCUUCUUCUUCUUCGUACUCUUCAUUACUGAAGGUCGUGCUCAUCUUGAAGUGCCUUCACUGAUGUGUCGACGAGCUUCUUCCACACCGCUCUGUCCGCGGCUUGUCUCAUGGCGGUCGGAAUGUUGAGUCCCAAUAUUGUCUGGACUUGGUCAGACCAACGGAUAGACUUAAUAUCCGUUGGUCUAAAGAUAGACUUAAAUUAUUAUCUUACAUAAAAUUAAAACAAAACAAUUAUAAGUAUAUAACAAUAUUUUCAGCUUCCAGUUUCUUUGUCAGGUUGUCCACUUCUGUAUACGGUGCGAUAAUAAUCGGACUAUAGAAAUCUAUUGGUUAAUAUCUCCUGUUGAAAUUAAGCAUUUCUAAUACAAUAAGUGAUGUAGUGCAGGAAAUAUUCUGCUUAAGAGAACUUUGGUUUUGCCAAAAUUAAUAUUUGGUGUACUCAUUUGCUCUCUUGCUGUUAAGUAUAAUGAAGCUGAAGUACAGCACUUUUAUUUUGUUUAUUUGUCGCUAGAUGGAGUUAAUCUUAU